AUGACCCGGAAAGCGCGGCGCUGCCUGGGCCACCUCUUUCUCAGCCUGGGCAUGGUCUACCUCCGGAUCGGUGGCUUCUCUUCGGUGGUCGCUCUGGGUGCGAGCAUCAUCUGUAACAAGAUCCCAGGCCUGGCUCCCAGACAGCGGGCAAUCUGCCAGAGCCGGCCGGACGCCAUCAUCGUCAUAGGAGAAGGCUCCCAAAUGGGCCUGGACGAGUGUCAGUUUCAGUUCCGCAAUGGCCGCUGGAACUGCUCAGCUCUGGGAGAGCGCACUGUCUUCGGGAAGGAGCUUAAAGUGGGGAGCCGGGAGGCUGCCUUCACCUACGCAAUUAUUGCUGCGGGUGUGGCCCAUGCCAUUACAGCUGCCUGCACCCAGGGCAACCUGAGCGACUGUGGCUGCGACAAGGAGAAGCAAGGCCAGUACCACCGGGACGAGGGCUGGAAGUGGGGUGGCUGCUCUGCCGACAUCCGCUACGGCAUCGGCUUCGCCAAGGUCUUCGUGGAUGCCCGGGAGAUCAAGCAGAAUGCCCGUACCCUCAUGAACUUACACAAUAACGAGGCAGGCCGGAAGAUCCUGGAGGAGAACAUGAAGCUGGAGUGUAAGUGCCACGGCGUGUCGGGCUCCUGUACCACUAAGACGUGCUGGACCACGCUGCCACAGUUCCGGGAGCUGGGCUACGUGCUCAAAGACAAAUACAACGAGGCUGUCCACGUGGAACCGGUGCGUGCCAGCCGGAACAAGCGGCCCACCUUCCUGAAGAUCAAGAAGCCCCUGUCCUACCGUAAGCCCAUGGACACUGACCUGGUGUACAUUGAGAAGUCACCCAAUUACUGUGAAGAGGACCCAGUGACAGGCAGCGUGGGUACGCAGGGCCGUGCCUGCAAUAAGACAGCCCCUCAGGCUAGCGGCUGUGACCUCAUGUGCUGCGGCCGUGGCUACAACACACACCAGUAUGCCCGAGUGUGGCAGUGCAACUGCAAAUUCCACUGGUGCUGCUACGUCAAGUGCAACACGUGCAGUGAGCGUACCGAGAUGUACACGUGCAAGUGA